GCGCAGGCUGAUGGGGCCGGUCUGGAUCGACUGAAUUCGUCCGCCCAACCGCGUUUGGCCUCCUCUUUUUAUACAUCUCUGCAAAUUCUCUCUCUCUCACCCCAAAGGAGAAGCUUCCCAGCUCCCAUCCUUGAACGUUCCUCCGAACCUCUGCGAAGCCGAGCCGAAACUGCGAAGAGAUGAAGAUGGAGUAUACAAGCCUCGAACUGCAGGUGAUCUCCUGCGAGGACCUCAGGGCCUUCAACUUCUUCCAGAAGCUCUCGGUCUUCGUGACGGUGUCCAUCGUCGCCGGCGACGACCCGAAGAAGCAGCUCCACCCGGCCCUCCAGCGGUGCCACAGGACGCCGACCAGCAAGGGCGGCCAUCGCAACCCGGAGUGGAACCACGAGGUGGGUUUCGACCUGGCGGCCGUCUCGCCUCGGGACUAUCCGGGCCUUUCUCUCAGGUUCGAUGUGCGGCUUCCCAGCGUCGUUGGCAGCCGCUCGAUCGGGGAAGUCCGCCUCUCGCUGCAGGAGUUGGUCGACGAGUUCCACGGGGCCGUCCAGUUCCGACGCUACCAGGUGAAGAACGAUGGAAAAGUCAUCGGGGUCUUGAAUUUUAGGUACAAGUUGUGUGGGAAGAGCGACGAGGCCGGCAACGAAGUGGCUCGGGUCCAGCCUUCGUCUAAAGCUCCGGUUCCCGGUCAUAAUGCUACAAACUUCAGUUAUCUGGAGUGGCCGUGCAUGCCGCCCCAGACGCUGAUCCAAGCGAUAUUGAACUAUCAAACGUAUUCUUCAUCGUCGUUGGUACAAACAACCGACGAGAAGAACGUGAAAAAAAGCUUCGAUGGGCUACGGCUAUCGGCAUUCGUGGUACUCCAUGGUGGGACCACUGGAGAGGGCAUGCUGAUCGGAUGGCGUCACUACUGAUUUAUCGGCGAAUCCCGCAGCCGUCAAACUUCCCCCUUUUCUGCCGCUGCAAAUUACAGUUCAUGCUCCGCUCAUGAACUAGUCAGCAUUGGCGUUGUUAUGUGAUGUUGCGUGAGUCUAGACUCUCUAGAGCAGGGUGAUAUAGGUAAUUAAAUGUAUCUGGCUCUGGGUACUUUCAUCUAUUCUCGAUGUGACCAUGGUUUCUCAACGAAGAACAGCAUCUCGUUUUGCGUUCCACUUUCCUGUAUAUAUUGGUCAUAAUAUAGUACGGAAGAUGUUCUUAAAGAUUCAGCCUUUGUCAUGAACUUUUCGAGCAUUCGGUGAAUCCUGCACGCUCCCUUUGUCCUAAGGCACAUCAGUGGUUGUGCAAGCGCCCGAGCCAUGGCUCCAUUCCCUGUAUAUCUAUAAUUCUUUCGUCAAGCAAUUUGAGCAAGCA